GGAUCAAAGGAAACGUGCUGGAUUCACAUGUUUUGCCUUGCCUGUCUAUGGCGUCGUGAGCCGCAGGUGGAAUUACCUUACAUGUCCGGCGGCUGAGAGGGGCAUGGAUUGAUAUGGUUUACGGUUGGUUUUCUUGUGGCCAUCGCAACGAGGCCAUGGUAUGGGCUCGGUUCCUUGUGGACCUCGCGUGGCCGUGGAUAUGAACCAACAAAGAGGUUUCUUGCCGUGGCUGCAAAAUCAGCAAGCUUGCUGCGGCGCGAUGUCCUGUGGGUGGUGGCAUGGGUUUUCUUUUCAUCAGCAUGGAAAGGUCAAUUGCCUGGACAGGUGGUAGAAUAUCCUGGCAAGGAACCAGAUUAGUGAAUUGUGUGUGCAAGUCUGGCACUCUGAUGGAAGGGAUUUGCCCGUUGGUAGCAAUGGCACAAGAGAGCUGGAAGGAGUCUGAGGAGACUGUCCAAACGCCAGAGGCCCCGGUACUGUGUGUAAACAACUGUGGCUUCUUUGGCAACAGCAUGACAAACAACAUGUGCUCGAAAUGCUACAGGGACUUCAUUAAGGUCACGACAAUGGCCGUCCCUGUAGUGGAGAAGAAGGCAUUCGCAGCAGCAUCGUCUUCCAUGGUGCCAUUGGAGCCUGCAAAGGAAGACGAGGUACCCGCAGCUGCUGUGGUUGACAGCCAAGCAGCACAGGAACCUCCAAAGCCGCCCAGCAACCGAUGCCUUUCGUGCCGCAAGAAGGUUGGCCUGACUGGCUUCCAGUGCCGCUGCGGUGGAACCUUCUGCUCGAUGCACCGCUACGCAGACUCUCAUGAAUGCUCCUUCGACUACAAGGCGGCUGGACGGGAGCAGAUAGCCAAGCAGAACCCUGUUGUGAUCGCCGAGAAGGUCAACAAGAUCUGAUUGAUGGUCAUGCAGGGAUCGUUUGCUUACUAUUCGUGGUGGUGCCUGAGUCGGUCAAGUUUACUUCAACAGUAGGUUCUCUUCAGGUCUGGGCUAGUGUGCUAGGGUCUCAAUUGUGUCUAUCCUUCUCCAUCAUGGUUUCAUUCUCCCGAUUAUGAAAUAAUGUAAAUAUAUAUAUUCUAUUAUUCUUCACUGUAAUCCGUCCUAUUGCUUAUGAUUCAUGUGUUGAUGCUGGUGGCUUUAUCGUU